ACUGUUCCCUUAGGACCUCUAUUGACUCAACAUGGCGUCUGGUCAGUUGGGGACAGUGGCUACUCAACUUCUGCUUGAAGUCAAACAUCUGUACAGCAGGAACAGUUACUUGUCAGACGAUCUUCUAUCAGCUUUGCAGGACGUCUUUGGAACUUCUCUACUAGCAUCGCUGGACAUAGUGGACCGGAAAGGAGUGACCCACGUCACCUGUCCGAGCGGAAGACACCUGUACCUGGUGGUGGGAAGCUCGGGAAGACUGUACACCUGUUUACCGUCAGGACUGUACUGCCCAUGCUCGUUCUUCACAUACGCCACACUGAUGAGAGGGGAAUCACUGGUGUGCAAACAUGUCCUAGCGGUGCAGCUGUCACAGGCCAUGGGAACAUUCCAACACCUGACUGUCUCAGAUGAAGAACUUGUUGGUCUACUGAUGAACAAAGACACAGCUCAGUGAUGGGUACUGUGGACGUGUAUAUCCGACCAUAGUGGACGCUGUGUUGAACCUUGGUUGAAUCUGCCUCAUUAUGUUACCGGUAAUGAAGGAUAGUGAAAUGCUACGAAUUUUCCAUUGCUAACCCUACACCUCUGUUGAGUGGGCAACGCCAUGAACUGAAUGAUUCAGAAGACAUGUGUCUGACGUCGAUGAAAACAACUUGCCAUUAAGAUGUGCAAACAUGAUUAUUCCACUUUC